GUGUAUCCAUCAGUUCUCGCGCACGAAACUCACGUUUGUUUGCUUACCUACGCGCGAGAUCUGUUGGCAGGCAUCGAAGCAAAAGGGCCACUGCCUCCUAAUACUUAUCCAAACUCAGGGCUGCAGGGCUAUAAGUACCCCCACUCGUUGCUCUUCUUCUUCAAGCGCAUCCAUUUCCUGCAAUACAUACUAAUAUCUUCCGCGGAAGUAGUUCAUACAAGUCGGAUAAUGGCGGGCGUGCUCGAGCAAGGCCCAUGGGGUGGCAACGGCGGCAAGACCUGGGAUAUGGGACAGGCGGAUCACAUUAGCAAUGUCAAAAUUCAUUACAACGAUGCCGUAUUCGCGUUUGACUUCACCUUCACCGUCGACGGCAAGAAGAAGACCAUCCACGUCGGAGGCGAUGCACCCCAGUACAAAGAGAUUACUCUAGAGGAGGACGAAUACUUCACUUUCAUCUCUGGAUAUUUCAAGACGAUGUGGACGACAGACGUUUUCAUAACACAACUUACCCUUGAGACCAACAAGGGCAAUACAGUGAGUUCCGACACCAACAAAAUUGGUAGUUAUUUCUCCCUAAAUCUAGAGGAUGAGGGUAAGAUUCUAGGCUUCUUCGGACGUGAAGGUUCUACCAUCGAUGCCAUCGAGGCAAUCGGAGUUUACUGCACUAUCCCUAAAUAAGUACAUGUCAUGCCUUGGUGCGUGUG